AUCCAGCGGCUGCAGCAGGUGGUGGUGGCGGUGGCGGCGGUGGUGGUGGUGGAUAUUCAAUGCCCGGAGGAGGUGGAACUACCUCAGCUUACUUUGGAGUCAUGGGAG